CGACGCGGAACAGAGUUCCAGGUGUGGGGGACGAGAAACAGGAAGGCCAUCGUUCGGGAUCAAACAUGUCCAAUGAUGUUAGAUAUUGCGAGAGGUUCUCCUACGUUUUUCUGAAGUUUACCGUUAUUUUGUAUGCCACUAUCUUCUGGCUGAUUGGGGGGUUCAUCCUAGCCAUCGGUAUCUAUGCGGAGGUGGAGCGGCAGCGCUACAAAACCCUGGAGGGGGUGUUUCUGGCCCCCUCCAUCAUCCUGAUCGUCCUGGGGGUGGUGAUGUUCAUCGUCUCCUUCAUCGGCGUGUUGGCCUCUCUCAGGGACAACCUGACUCUCCUCAAAGUGUUUCUCUACACCCUAACAGUCUGUCUCAUUCUGGAGCUUCUCGGUGGCAUCAUGGCUCUGUUCUUCAGGCAUCAGACUGUGGACCUCUUAAACAAAAACAUUCGCAAAGGAAUAGUGAAUUAUUACGAUGAUCUGGAUUUCAAAAACAUCAUGGACUUUGUUCAAAGAAAGUUCAAGUGUUGUGGAGGGCAGGAGUACAAAGACUGGGAAGUGAACAUGUACCAUAACUGUACAGCUCCUGGACCGCUGGCUUGUGGAGUGCCUUACACCUGCUGCCUCGAAAACAAGCCUAAUGAAGUUGCCAACACACUAUGUGGAUAUAAGGUCCUUGACAAAGAGAGGCUGGCCUUGCAGAACGUCAUCUACAUCAGAGGUUGUACUGAUGCUGUCUUCAUCUGGUUCAUGGAUAACUAUAAGAUAAUGUCUGGCUUGCUGCUUGGCAUCUUAUUCCCCCAGUUCUUUGGCGUGAUUAUUAGCUGGCUCUACAUCACGCGGGUGGAGGAUGCCAUUGCUGAGUAUGGUCACUACCAGGAUGGACUGCUGGACACAGUGGACAGUGGUGGCUUCAGGGCAACCAAGAAGCAGGGCAGAAUGGCCAAAUGUUUCAUUUGCAUGCCAGAGAUCGACUGAGUGUGCCUCCUUUUUAUUUAACCAGCCUAAAACACUGCUGUACCUGUGUGAGCUCAGAGAGAGAAUUCAGCCAUGCACUGCCUGCCUCAUCCUUCCAACACACUGGAGCUAUCAGCUCCAAUUUUACAACGCUGUUCAGAUGCCUUUUAAUUGGUUUAAUUCAGGGAUCUUUUUUUUUCAGGGGUUAAGGUAUGAAGGUUUUAGUAGGAUGGAAAGGUAUACAGUAUGUGCCUGUGCUGUGUGAAACAUAUAUUGCCUUUUAUGAAUAGCUUUUUUCCCUAAUUGGUGAAAUUAUGUUUUUAUUGAUUCACAGCAAAAACAUUGAAUCCUUUUUAAUUUUAAUUUAUGGAGAUUGUAGCUCUAGCCAGCCCCUCGUAGGAACUUGAUAGCAAUAUUUUAAUCAUCAUUGUACCAGUCCUGUAAAGUGUAUAUUUUUAGCUUUUCAAAGGGAUAUAUUUCCUAUGGGGAAUUUUAUAGAGGGUAUCUUGCCUUAAUCCAAUUGUUGAUUUUCAGAAUCAUUGUAGAUGUCAUGGGUUCAACAUAUUAAUUAACUUACAGUAAGUUUAUAGUCAGUCACUCAAUGUGGCUUAAUUUGAGGAGUUAGGAAUACCAAAGUUGUUAAUGAUGUAUAACAUGCACAUGGUCUGUUGCCCACAUUUUUAUUAGGAUUUUGUACUGUUAAAUGGUUUGAAAUCUACACGUAUUACUUUGCUCAGACAGUGACAUUUACCUCCAAUAUGUGAGUGUUGAGGGAUCUGUUAGUGACCCUCUCUCAAGUUGUGUUCAAGAUGGACGAGUUCUUACGCUCUCAUGAUCACUCAUACUCUUCCCAGAACAGAAUCAUGUGCUUGGUCUUCCUGCCAAUGAUUGUGUAUUCCUGUUAAAAGCAUGAGAUCGUACGGGAUUGCACGCCUGGUUUUAACGGCUAACAUACUUAUUCAGACCAAAGUUCCAUCAGCAGCCUGUGUCCAUGGCAACGGACUAAAUGAGAUGGUUCUCCUGAGACAGAACGAUGAAUGACUUCCUAUUUGAAUCCAUCCACACACUUGGGCUCCCGAGUGGCACAGCGGUCUAAGGCACUGCAUCUCAGUGCUUGAGGCGUCACUACCGACCCCUUGGUU